GAGGACGGAUAAUAGUUCGUCAGAUGUAUGACUGUAAAGUCGGCGGGCGGAGGCGGAGGAAAUGAAGUUUUAUUUUCUUUCUUUACCUUCGCAGUCCUGCUCCGGAAGGAGGAAGAGCUAUCGAUUUAGAAUUUAUUUGAGGUAGACGGUGCUAAGGAGUGCUUUCGUUCUGUCGAAUUCGAUCGAUCCGAGUUUAAUGGGUUGUUCUCGGUCGAUAUUAGGGUUACUGGUGGUUGUUUGGGCGUUGACUAGCGUAGGCAGGAGUUCCGCAAGAAGCGAGGAGGCAUACGUUACACUACUAUAUGGAGACGAGUUCGUUCUCGGUGUUAGGGUGCUUGGGAAGUCGAUUCGUGAUACCGGAUCGUCCAAGGACAUGGUGGUUUUGGUGUCGGACGGUGUUUCCGAUUAUGCGAAGAUGCUGCUUCAGGCUGAUGGUUGGAAGGUGGAACUUAUUAGCCUGCUUACAAAUCCAAACCAAGUUAGGCCUAAAAGGUUCUGGGGAGUUUACACCAAAUUGAAAAUUUUUAACAUGACCAUGUAUAAGAAAGUUGUCUAUCUUGAUGCAGAUACAAUUGUUGUUAAGAACAUAGAGGAUCUUUUCCAGUGUAGGAGAUUUUGUGCAAACUUAAAGCAUUCAGAGAGGUUGAAUUCUGGGGUAAUGGUUGUAGAGCCAUCGGAUUCUCUUUUCAAAGAUAUGAUGAGCAAAGUGAAUUCUUUGCCUUCUUAUACAGGAGGUGAUCAGGGUUUUCUUAAUUCUUUCUAUGGUGAAUUUGCUAACGCCCACCUCUUUGAGCCAAAUCUACCUGAAGAUGUUAGGAAGAGUAGGCCUGUUCCUGAGAUGGAGCGAUUGUCCACUCUGUAUAAUGCUGAUGUUGGACUUUACAUGCUUGCUAAUAAGUGGAUGGUUGAUGAGAGAGAACUUAAAGUUAUCCACUAUACACUUGGGCCAAUUAAACCAUGGGACUGGUGGGCAGCAUGGCUUGUGAAGCCUGUGGAAGUGUGGCAGAAUGUUAGGAUGCAGCUGAAAGAAUCGCUUCCUGGAACUGGAGGUGGAACAAACCCAAGUGAGAGGCUGUUGAUCAAGUUUUUGUUCGCAUUUCCCAUAAUAGUUCUCUUGAUCUGUUAUUAUAGAUCAUGCUCUCAGGUGAAUGCCGAUUUAUUGAACAUAUUUUCUCGGAGUUCUAUUUGUGACUAUGCUAGACGUUUCUUCAAUAAAUAUAGAUCUGGUGGGGGGCUUCCUACUUAUUCUGCUGUUGGUGUUACUUCAUCAUCUAUGGGGAAUUCUAAUCAACAGUUUCUAAAUGGCGCCAAUUCAAAGGUCCCUGCUUAUUUGGGCCCAGUAUCGAUCUUUUUCUGCUUUACAGCUGCCUUAUUGUCACUUGCUCUUUCUUUUAUUAUUAUACCUCGGCAAGUGACUCCUUGGACUGGCUUGCUGUUGACGUAUGAAUGGACAUUUGUGACAUUUUUCGUAGCGUUUGGGAGUUACCUUCGCCUGGUCUAUAACUGGGGAAGGUUGGUAGCUAGUCAGGCGGGAAAGGCAUUCAGUCAAAUGGAUUCUUCUAAUUAUGAUUCCGGCAAAGGCCAUCAACGCCCCUCGUCUAACUGGGGUUCAGUUACAUGCUUCUAUGGCACUGGGAUGGCAUUUCUAGCAGUUAUUGUUCCUUCACUGCCAUUCCUAUUUGGAAUUUCUGCACUUUUUGCUAGAUUGGGAGUGAUGAUUGCUGGAGGUAUAUUACUGUCAAUUUUCAUGACCUAUGCUUCUGAGCAUCUCGCUCUCACUGCUUUUGUUAAAGGGAUAGAAGACCGUGAUCUCCCAAGAACUAGAACGAUAUGCUUCUUCUGUUGAUCUUCCAUGAGUAGAUUAAUUAAAUAAUCCCCUUCAUACCUGAUUGUACACUAAUUCUUCAUCAUAAAUUUUGUAAUUAGUGAAGAGUUUCUUUCAAUUUAGGCCAUUUUUUUACCUCCCUCUCCCUUAGAUUUCUGUAAUUUUUACAUUUGUGUGGAAAAUAUUAUUAUGUAUUGAAAAGUGGUUGGUGAAAAUUCGUGCAGUUUCCGUUG